CUAACAGCCAUUCACUGAUGAUAUGGUCGACGGAUGCCGUCCCCACACUCACAAGAUCGAUCGCACUCAGCUCAGCUCACAUGAGGUUGAUUGAACAAAUGAGCCAGCCAGCAACACACACACACACACACACACAGGCAUCUGAUAUAUACUGGAUCCUCAUUCAGAGGAUCUAGCACCCACCAGCCGACCGCCUCCCCACACCCCACACACAAAGUGCCUACGUGCGGACACACACACACAGAGACAUGCCUAGGGUCGUUGCUCACUCCAUCCAUCCAUCCAUCCCUCCAUCCAUCCCUCCCUCCAUCCAUCCAUCAUGGUUCAAAAGGCGCCAGCCGUGCCCCAGCAAGCAGGAAAACACCAUAUGGAAUGGAGGCAAUGCAAUGCAGGCAAAAUCCCACAGACAGACAGACAGACAGACACGCACACACACAGAUACAGGCAGGGACGACAGAGCAACCAACCAACCAACCAACCAGAGAGGGAAAGGAUGCAGCCAACCAGUGAGUGCGUCGGGUUGGUCGCAUCGCAUCACGGAGGAAAAACAGGAGGCAGCAGCGCCGUCGCUCGGCUCGCUGCACACACAACUGACUGACUGACUGGGCUGCACACUAGUCAAAACAGAUAAAUGCACCUGCCCCCCUCCUUCCCCUCCCCCACUUCACAUCACAGUCCGUUAGGCUCUUUGUUAUCGACACUGCUGUCAUCGCUGCUGACGGCGCGCUCAUUGGUGUUGAGGUUGAUGGCGUCGAACUUGAUCUGUGCCCAGUCGGGCUCGAUGACGGGCGCCGACAUGGUCCGCAUCGUCUUGGCGAAGAACAGGUCGUGCAGGUGCUUGACGCACUCCUCUACCUUCUCGUCGGGCACUAUGAAUGUCACAUUCACCUGAACACACACACAGGGGGAGGGAGGGAGGGAGGGAGGGAGGGAGCUGUGUGUUGCCAUGCCCGCCUAGUCAUUGCCGAAAGGUCAGUUCACUGACUGACCUUUGAGGCGCCGCAGGAGAGCAUAUCGAUGACGACGCCGAGUUUCUGGAAGACGUUGCAGGCUGUGGCGAUGAUUUCGUUUGCCCUGAGUGUGUUGCCGAUGAGUGUGAGGAUGGCCUUGUUCUGCUCGACGGUGACGUGGGCGAUUUUGUCUAGCUCCUGCUGCAUCUUGUCGAUCUUGUCGGCCGACGUGCCCUUCUCGAUCGUCAUCGAUAUGCUCACCUCGCUCGUUGCUAUCACCUGGGAUGGGGGUGGGGUGGGGUGGGACAGACACACAGACACAGACACACAGAGAGACAUGUGUGUGGCUGUGGGUGGUAGGUGGUGUGUGGCUGUGCCUACGUCGACGCAUAUCCCGACAGAGUCCAUGAUGUCAAAGACCUUGGCCAGGAAGCCUUUGGCACCUGCACAACACACACCACACACCACACCACAUGCAGAUAGAUGAGCCACGACGGAGCCGCAGGUGCUGGCUCUGACUGACUUACCGAGCAUUCGUGUGGAGUUGAUGUCGAUGACGGUGACGCCCUUCUUGUAGGUGACGGCCGUGACUAUCCUGCUCGGGUCGUGAGCAGUGUCCGCAACCGUAGGCGGCUGACGCACUAUCAAGGUGCCUGCACACACAUCCGCGGGACAACGAACGAUCUGUCUGUGUCUCUCUCUCCCUCUCUCCGUGGGGUGUGUGUGUGUGUGUUAGUACCAGGGUGGUGCGGGUUGUAUGAGUUCUUGACCCUGACAGCGAUGCCCCUCUCGGUGGCCGGCAGGAUGGUCAUCGGAUGAAGCACCUUAGCGCCGAAGUAUGCCAGCUCAGACGCUGAUCGACACACACACACACACACACACACAGAGUUUCGUUUCUCCUGCCUCCGUGCGUUGUGCGCGUGUGUGGGUGUGUGGGUGUAUGGCCAGACCUUCCUCGAAUGAAAUGCAUGGUAGGCAGGCAGCGGGGCCCACGACGCGCGGAUCUGCCGUCAGGAUGCCAUCGACAUCCGUCCAGAUCUCGAUCUCUGAACCGGACAGAUGGAUCCCAAACCACGACACGACACGGCACAUGAGGCGAGUGUGUGUGGCUGUGCUGUGCUGUGCUGUACUGUACUGUGCUGUAUUGGUCACAUCUCAUCUCAUUGACCCUCUCACCUUUAGCGACGAUAGCGCAUCCGAUGAUGGCUGCUGUGAAGUCACUCCCGCCGCGGCCAAGGGUCGUGAUGAUCCCAUUCUUGUCCUUGGCUGCACACAGAGCGCACGCAGAUGAAGAACUCGUGCAGAUGUGUGCAGGCUCUGCGACCGACCGACCGACGCACCCACCGAUGAAUCCGGUGACGACUGGUGUGUAGUUGUAAGUGGGGUAGACCUCCGACAUCAUGGUGUCGUGGAUGCGCUCACAAGUGCCGGGCAGCAGCUCUGCCGUCCCCUUGUCAUCCGUCGCUGAGCCGCCACCAGGGGUCGUCAGCAUCCCUGUGUUGCGUGUGUGGUAGGGUAGAGGGAUGGCGACACACACACAGACACACACAGAUAGACGUAGACGCUGGAUGCGACGAUGGAUGCGUGUGCUUGUGGUGUUUUGUCUGCGCACCGAUGUCCCAUGAGUCGACAGGCUUAGCUGUGAUGCCCUCCUUGUUGAGGUAGGCCGCCACCAUCCGCACAGACAGCCGCUCGCCAAACGACAUCAGCAGGUCGUUCGUACGCAGGCUGAUCUCACGGAUCAACCUUAUACCUGACACACACACACACACACACAGAGGGGCCCAUUGUCCUGUGUGUGUGUGUAGGUGAUGCUCUGCGGUGCAGGCAUAACCUUGCAGCAGGUUUGUGAGUUCGUCAAAGAAGGUUUGUAGUUCCUUGAAGAACUCGGUGUCGAGGCCCAGCUCGGCGGCCGCCCGCAUGUGGGUCGCCUGGAUGACCGAUGUGUCCACUUCCCUCUCCUCCAACGCACGACGACCUGCACGGUAUCGCACCAUUCAAUCAAACAAUCAAACACGACACACAGACACAGACACACACAGACUCAUUCAUUGUCUCUCUGCUGUUCGUUCGGCCCAUGCAUGGCAUGUUGGCUGUCUGUGCACCAUAGUCAGUCAGUCAUCUCCUCUACCUGCUUCGAUGAGGGCGUUGGUGGUCUUUCCCAUGGCCGAGAGCACGACCACCGGCCUUUGCUUGAGCCGCCCCCUGACAAUCUCAGCCACAUUGCGGACCCUGUCGGCAUCCUUGACUGACGAACCGCCGAACUUCAUCACCUGCACAAUCACACAACAAACACGGGGCCCACAGUGCUUGUGUGUUUGUGCUUGUGCGUUUGUUAUCUCAGUACCAGUGGCCCUGAGUGCAGCUUGGGCGAGGACUGCAGAGUGAAGCCGUCGGGCGUCGUCAUGGCGAUGACUGACUCAAUGAGAAGAGAUGACUGCCUGGGAACCAAAAACUCAAAAGCGAAGAGUUGCAAUGAAACGAUGAAGCCGAGUGGCUCAGGGCAAUGAAACACUGCUAUCCGUGACUCUUAAAACGCUGUCACUGGUCCACACCUGUGGUCUUAGCGCGCAGACUGAGCUCGCACAAAGGGGAAGGGGAGAUGAGGGGGAGGAGAUGAGGCUGAAGCAGUGGUCUUCCUACUUCCUUCAUCCUUGAGAUCGAU